AUGAAAGUCAAUUCAAACACUUGCAUGUCAUUAAUAAAAAACGAUAUCAUUCAAUAUCAAGAUUUACAAACAGUAAUGCUAUCAAUUAAUCUUUGUAUUAAUGAUAUGAGUCUUAUCGAUAAAAAUAAUAUUUUUUGUUACGUUGCCGUAGGAGUAUUUAUACCAAUAUUGCCAAUUGUUUUUUGGUCAAAUAAAUUAAACUCUGAAAAUGUUCAAAAAUUACUUACUUUUUUCAUGAUUAGCAACCUUUUGGCUUAA